AUGAAUGCCAGAUAUUCGUUUCUGUCGGGUGGGUCUCUAAACAAUGCGCUAAAUUCUUGGGCUGCUUCUGAUUCUCGCCGUGGGCACGCCGCAUUCGACAGUGAGUCCCUGCAGUACGUCCCACGCAGUGUUGUGCGCACGUGGGGAGAGCGUGAUUUCCUCAUUGUGCUUGGCAUCCCGUCCAUUGAGAUGGAUGUGAGGCGGAGGCGCCGUUACCUGCAGCGUACGUCGUGCUGGCGGUUCCCCGGUGUGGCGACGAGAGCAAACAACUUCACCGGUGCGAUGCUGGUGCUGUACGUGUUUGGGCGGCACCCGUCGCACAACUUCACCUACUCCGCGGCGCUGCGGCAGGAGGCGGAGCAGUGGCACGAUGUGAUUGCGCUGCCGAUGAAUGAGGGGCGCCCGUCGACCAACAAGACGAUUGGUGGUAGACUCAAGUGGGGGAAUGAGGCUGAGAUCGGGCUGAGCCGCAAGGUGUUCCGGUGGUUCGACACGGCGCUGCGGCUGUUCCCGACUGCGACGUACUUUGCGAAGGGUGACGACGACACGUUUCUGCGUGUGCCGCAGUACCUCGCUGAUCUGCGCUCACUCCCACGCCGGGGGCUGUAUUGGGGAGUUCCUUGUGAUGGUAUUGUUUUAAAAGGGAACGUUACGCACAAAUUUGAUUUCUUUUAUGGAAUUUUUUACACUCUUGCGAGAGACGUUGUACCGCAGCUUGUGUCGUUCGAGCCUGUGCGACGGCUGUUGCACUCGCCGUACGAGAAGGAGAGAUUGGAGGAUUACCGCUUCUAUAACCUCCAACACGAGGAUGUGAUGGUGGGGCAGAUACUACGGCUGGAGGUACGAUACCCAGCACUGGUGGUUGUAGAGGACAGAUGGUGCCGUUUCGACGAUCGUGUAGGUAGAAAG